AUGGCCCGAUAUUUGGUGGACACCCGAGGUGGACGGGUAAUUCUCUCGAUAGUCAACGUCGGAGCGAGCAAGGUAGUCAUCCCAAAGGGCAUGGAGUUAUCCCGGCUUGAGGGCAUUGCCAUGGUCGGGACAACCCGAGGGGAAGACCCGAAUGCAACCCCAGAACCUGGCGGUAGGCUAGCCGAGCACCUGCAGCCAUUGAUAGAUGGCGUGGAUGGAGAGCUGACGGAGGAGCAGCGAGAAGAGAUGGCGGCCGUGAUUCAAGAGAAUACACAGUUGUUUGCGGGGCCUGGCAACGCGCUUUGGAGAACAGGCUUGAGCAGAGAUCGACACACGAGAUCGAUUUUGCAGCAUGAGAUUGACACACAAGAUCACCGACCACGGAAGCAGCCGGCGAGAAGAUGCCCGUGGGGGAGACAGGUGGCUCUCGAUCAAGAGCUAGAUCGGAUGCUCACGCAGGGAGUGGUGCGACCAAGCACCAGCGCAUGGGCAUCCCCGGUAGUUCUCGUGGCGAAGAAGGAUGGGUCAGUACGGUUCUGCGUAGACUACCGCAAGUGGAAGGAGUGCCUCGUCUACUUAGACGACGUAGUGGUGUUCGGCGCUACCUUUGACCACGCGUUCGAUAACCUCCGACAUGUGUUUAAACGACUCCAGGAGGCCGGCUUGAAGCUAAAACCCAGCAAAUGCAGCCUGUUUUAG